GAAUAUUUCACUAUUAAAUCUACAUAAACCAUGUCUCAAAGUUGUUAAGUUACCUUAGUAUAACCCAAAGACAAUAGAUUGUAUCCGAAACCAGAUUCAGUGCAUGAUAUUGUUUCACUGUAUGAUACGUCUAAUGAGUCAACUGUGCUCUUGGUUUGUAAAUGCUACCUAUAUCUAUUGCAUACAUAUAUAGCAAGAAAUAUGUUAUGCUGCCGAUCAAUCGAAAUAAGCUUACAUCCGCAAAAGAGUAUUUUAAAGGCUGGUCGUACUAUUCUACCAUGUCGAAGAAGCUCGGAUUGGGAGAUGAAAGUUGCCGGAGGGAGUUCAAUGCUUCAAAGUUCUAGCGAUAUUAUUUGGCCAUUUGCUUCAACUCGUUUAUCCUGUUCCCUUUUGGAACGACUAGCUGUUGCUGUACAACACAAAGAACCUGUUCUACUCGUUGGUGAAACUGGAACUGGAAAAACAUCCACUGUCCAACGGUUAGCCUAUCUUACUGGUCAUCGUUUAAAAGUGAUCAAUUUGAAUCAACAGUCGGAUAGUGUAGAUCUAAUGGGCGGAUUUAAACCUGUUGACUUUCAAGUUUUUAUUCGACCAUUACGCGAGAAAUUUGAAUCUCUGUUUACCUGUACUUUUAAAUUAGAUAGCAACCAAACCUUUCUUGGUCAUAUAAAUACUUGUUUCAUUUCUGAACGUUGGCUUGACCUAAUCAGUUUAAUGCGCCAUCCAGCUCAGGUGGCUGUACAACGUGAAUCAUGCGACUCGUCGGAAUGGAUAAAAUUUUUGAAUGAAUUACAUCGUGUGGAGAAACGUUUAGAAAAUAUUACAAAAUCCAAUAAAACUGGAUUGGGCUUUGCGUUUAUUGAAGGCGCUCUUGUUCGUGCAGUUCAAGAAGGCGAUUGGAUACUGCUAGAUGAAAUCAAUUUAGCUCCAGCUGAAAUGCUUGAUUCGUUGAGUGGUCUUUUGGAUUCAGAAUAUGGUAGUCUUGUUUUAACAGAACGUGGCGACAAUGAACCAUUAAAACGUCAUCAUGAUUUUCACCUUUUUGCUGCUAUGAAUCCAGCUACAGAUGUUGGUAAACGUGAACUUCCUGUUGGACUUCGUAAUCGUUUUACUGAAUUCUAUGUGCCUGAAUUAGAUCCUGGUAUUGAUCUAAAUGUUAAUAACAAGUCAGAAAAUCCCAUCAGUAAUGAUUUAGACAAUAGUCGGCAUGCAGAGAUAUUACGUUCAAAUAAUCGUGAAGAUCUGGCAACAUUGGCAAAAGCAUAUCUAAUCGGUUUGAAUCCGACUCCAUCUCAGUUAUCCACUAUUGUACGACUGUAUUCAGCGUUGAGACAAGCUGCUAUAGAAGGAUUAGUGGACGGUGUCGGUCAAAGACCUCAUUUCAGCCUUCGAACACUCUGUCGAGCUUUGCUCGAAGCUGGUCGAGGUUAUCAUGGCAGUGUACUACGUUCUUUGUACGAAGGUUUACUCUUCAGUUUUGGAUCACAGAUCUGUCGAACAUCCCGACCUAUACUGGAUACUUUAAUUCAGCGCUACCUAUCAUCUGGUUGGAAUACAGAGUGUUCAUUAUUGGUACGCUUACUGAACACUCCACUGCCAGUACCUCCUUUGAGCAGUUUACCCGUAGACAAUAUUGAUAACCUCAAGGUAUCUAGGUGUUCUGAGGAUUAUUUUGUUAACGUUGAAGGUUAUUGGUUGCCUAAAGGUUCCCAACAGCCUAUCUCAGUAUUCAACAGGGAUGCAAUACCUGGCAAUUAUAUCCUGACCCCAAGUGUUCAAGCAAAUUUGAAGGAUUUAGCACGGGUUGUGUCUGCAGGUGGUGGUCUUCCAGUCCUACUACAAGGUGAAACAUCGGUUGGCAAGACCUCUCUGAUCACCUAUCUAGCUAAACGUGUUGGUCAAGUGUGUUAUCGUAUUAACAAUCAUGAACAUACAGAUCAACAAACUUAUUUGGGUACGUAUACAGUUGCAUCAACCACACAAACUGCAAAAACUGAGAAUAAUGAAGGAAAGUCCCCAAAUACAGCACCAUUAGUCUUUAAAGAUGGUCUGCUAGUCAAAGCUAUGAGACAUGGUUAUUGGAUAAUAUUGGAUGAACUAAACUUGGCACCCACAGAAAUUUUAGAAGCCUUGAAUAGAGUUUUAGAUGACAAUCGAUCUGUGUUUAUAACAGAGACACAAGAAACAGUGAAAGCACAUCCACACUUUCGAUUAUUUGCUACACAAAAUCCACCGGGUCUUUAUGCUGGACGCAAGAUGCUUUCUCGUGCUCUACGUAAUCGUUUCAUCGAAUUACAUUUUGAUACAAUACCUCGAAAUGAAUUGGAGAUAAUUUUGGAGAAAAAGUGUUUACUACCACCUAGUAGGGCACAUCGUUUAGUUGAAGUGAUGCAUCGUCUUCAGCUUGCUAGAUGUAGUUCAAAUCUUUUCCAAGGGAAAGAUAGUUUCAUUACACUCCGUGAUUUAUUUCGGUGGGCUGAACGCUAUAGGCUGGCAACAUGUGACAAAGUAUCCAAUCAGUCAGAUGAUACUGAUAAAGAUAUGACAAAAGAGUCAAUGCAGUUUUUCGAUUGGGAUGCAUACCUAGCUGAUCAAGGUUAUUUAUUACUUGCUGGACGUGUACGUAAUGAAGCUGAAGUUCAAGUGGUUGCGGAUGUCAUUGAAACUGUUUUUAAACGAAAAGUUACAGAGUCAAGACUGUUCGAUUUGAAUGAGAAUACAUCACCAGCUGUACGUGAAUUCCUACAACCUAUCCUCGGCAAGAAUGUUGUAGUUUCUCAAUCUGGCUUUGAGCAUAUUGUAUGGACAAGAGAUAUGCGCCGUCUCUUAGUUCUUAUCGGUAAUGCAUUGAAGUAUGAGGAACCAGUUUUGUUAGUUGGUGAAACAGGUUGUGGUAAAACUACAGUUUGUCAGAUGAUUGCGGCUAUGCAUAAUCAACGAUUACACUGUGUGAAUUGUCAUCAAUGUACAGAGGCUUCAGAUUUUCUUGGUGGACUACGACCGAUUCGGCAUUCAUCAGUUGAUGAGAAAAAAUCCACUGAUGACUGUCAUCUAUUUGAAUGGGUGAAUGGUCCAUUAGUUGUGGCUAUGCUGAAUGGAGAUGUAUUUCUUUUGGAUGAAAUCUCGUUGGCUGAUGAUGCUGUACUGGAAAGAUUGAACAGUUUACUGGAACCCGAACGACAGCUACAUCUUGCUGAAUGCACUGAAGACUUACUGGAUGGUUCAUCACUCGAUUCUACCCAGUUAACAGCUCAUUCAAAGUUUCGAUUUAUUGCCACAAUGAAUCCAGGCGGAGAUUAUGGUAAAAAGGAGCUAUCACCUGCAUUGCGUAAUCGUUUCACUGAGAUUUGGUGUCCAUCACCAAUAUUUACGCCAAUACGUGCAUCAACCACUACUGCACCUGAUAACCCAAACCACUUGUCUAAUUCUUUGUCGGAUUGUAUAGAAAUUGUUCUGCAUAAUUUGAAGUUGAAAAUUCCAGCUUAUUUCGGUAAUGAAAACAAAUUGGCUAAACCGUUCUCUGAGAAGAUGGUCGACUUUGUGCAUUGGUUCGCUGUGACACAAGCUGAAUGCAAAUCGAAUGGUUUUGUUUCUUUGUGUCAUAGGUCUCCGCCGACUAUUCGCGAUUUAAUUGCUUGGAUUGAAUUCAUUCGUGUAGUCACAAGCAAUGGACAUGUUUCCAAUUCAAUAGGCAAGACAAUGGAUCUAUUUACCGCUUGUAUACACGGUGCAUGCUUAAUAUUUUUGGAUGCUCUAGACGAAACGACAGUUGAGAAAAGUGAUGAACAACGGAACAAUGAUAACGAUGUCGAUUUCCAUUCCAUGACCAUACAUUAUUUGAUUGAACAAUUGACUUCAAUUGAUAACGCCUUAAUUCAGUCAAUUACACCAUUGUCAACUACCAAUUCUGAUGUGAUUUAUGCUGAAUUCUGUACAAAAAGUAAUGAACAAUUUAUGCUUAUUAAAAGCAAUGAAUUAUUUGGUUGUGAACCAUUUUUCAUAUCAACAGGUCCAUAUCUACUGGAUAAUGACGAAACAGCAGAUACUUCUUUCAUUUUUGAUGCACCUACACCGGCUUCAAAUUUAAAGCGUUUACUUAGAGCUAUGCAAUUGCCUGGAAGAGCACUACUGCUUGAAGGCAGUCCAGGUGUUGGUAAAACGACACUUGUUUUAGCCCUGGCUAAAGCAUCUGGACAUAAGGUGAUACGUAUAAAUUUAUCCGAAGCGACCGAAGCUAGUGAUCUGUUUGGAUGUGAUCUACCUGUGGAAGGUGCGGAAGCUGGUGUUUUCGCUUGGAAAUCGGGUCCAUUUUUGCAAGGCCUCUGUGAAGGUCAUUGGAUUAUACUCGAUGAAAUGAAUUUAGCGUCUCAGUCAGUUCUGGAAUGCCUGAACGCGUGUUUAGAUCAUCGUGGUGAAGUAUUCAUACCUGAGUUGAAUACUACCUUCAAGAUUAAUUCACAAACAACGCGUCUGUUUGCCUGUCAAAAUCCUCUCCGUGAAGGUGGUGGGCGUAAAGGAUUGCCGCGUUCAUUCUUGAAUCGUUUCACUCAAGUAUAUAUGAAGUCUUUGACAAUAUCAGACCAAGAAUUUAUCCUUGUUCAGUUGUACCCUGGCAUACCAAAAAGUUGUAUUCAUUUAAUAGUUGCUUUCAAUCAAGAGGUGAAUAAACGUAUCAACAUUGAGCGUGAAUUCGGUAGUCAAGGUGGACCAUGGGAGUUUAAUCUGCGUGAUUUAACUCGUUGGUGUGAUCUGUUAAUGAAAGGGAAGAUUGUCACUUUAUGGAAUGAAUGCUGCAGUAAACUAGACAUGCCUGAAAUGUUCUACUAUGAACCACAUGGAGAUAUUCGUCUUAUUUUCAAUGAGUCUAUUCAAUGCGGAUUUGCACAUUUAAAGCAUCUUAAGUCGGCAAAAGAUUACUCAACUUACGAUGAAUAUAAUCAUUUAUUAUUGCUAGAUCGACAACGUGGUGUAAUGGAAAGUUUUUUGAAAGUUAUUGAAAUGGGUUGGAUGGUUAUGUUAAUCGGACCACCUGGUUGUGGUAAACGUACUCUUGCCCAUAUUGCCUCAAUCAUUCUUGGUCAAAAUAUUCUAAGCAUGUGUUUGUCACCAACGUCGGAUACCAUUGAGUUACUCGGAUCUUUAGAACAACGAGAAGCUGGUGGUUUAUUUGAAUGGGUAGAUAGUCCAUUGGUGAAAGGUAUUGUCAAUGGUAAUUGGGUGUUAAUAGAGAAUGCUCAAUUGUGCAGUCCUUCUACACUUGAUCGGUUGAAUAGUCUGCUUGAACCAAACGGAGAGCUGUUGUUAAGUGAACGUGGACUUGAUGCAAAUGGCAAACUUGUAACGUUGAAAGCACAUCCAAACUUUCGUUUAAUAUUAACUAUCGAUGAAGUUGGCGGUGGGAUAGGUGGUUGUGCUGGUUCAACUGGCAUUUCUCGAGCAAUGCGUAACCGAGGUUUAGAAAUCACUUUCACAGAACCAAUCUCCCAACCACACUUAGAUUUACUACGCUUAUUCACUUCCAUAAAUGUACCGAAGUUGAUAGCCACUGGUCUAGUUGAAUUCAGUGUCCUCUUCUUAGAAGCAUGCGAAAAUACCAACCACUUUUUUGAACAUCAUCCUACUUUUUUGACUGAAAUCCAAGCAUCAGUAUCGUCAUCAUCAUCAUCAACUACCUUCCAGUCGAUUGCUUGUCACAACUUGAAAAAGCCGCCAAUCGGUGCUUUAAUCUCUGCUGGUCAGUACGCUAAACAACUGUUAACGAAUCAGAGUCAACUUGAUUCAGAUGUUUCAAAUGGCAGUGAAACAGAAAAGAUUAAAAUGACGAGAAAUAAGAAGAGAAAGUUGAAUGACCAGAAGAAAAAGAAGACAGAGAAGAAACAACCUCUUGUUGAUCUUGAUGAUAAGUAUGAUAUUUCUGUUGAAGUAGAUUUCGGUAGGAUUCUUAAGCAUGUCCUCCAUGUUGCCUACUGUCAACGCCAAAUGAAUGCAAAAUCCGUGGAUUUUGUACAACAUUUGAUCACAUAUUAUGUUGAGAAUAUGUUUACGUGUAAAGCGUCAAAUAAUCUUGGUUUAAUGAUUCAUCUACCUACCAAUUACUUUCAUCAUAGUGUAAAGGAGUUAAUUGAAAAUCGGCUACCAAAUUCUUAUCGUCAAUUUCACGCUAGUCUAGUUAAUUUAACAUUAUCUGAGUAUUCCAGGCCGAUUAAUCCCGCAUUAUUAUUGUUAGCUAAACGUAUACUACUAGAACAAGCUAAUUUAACGGAUGUCUGCGGUAACAAAGAUGAUCAGUUAAUGAAUUUACUAACACAGUCAACCAUGGAACAGCCAAUUGUACAACCUGAUUGGAUGGACUGGCCAGAUUUACGUUGGAUACCUGGUUGGAAGCAUUUGAUUGGUGAAUUAGAUAGGGAAUCUAAUCAAUUGAUGUAUACAUGGAACAAAUAUUUAUACUCUCUGUUGCUGAAUGACUUGUUCCAUUCUACCAACCAGUUCAUCAAUACUUCAUCAUUUGACAGUCAAUCGUCCGCCUGCAUCAAGUCAUCCGCUGAUUUGUGUAACAUUCCACUUCUUCAAGUAAUAAAGCUAUCGAGUGGUAACAAUCUUCCAGUAAUGUGGUUAGAUAAUUAUCCUGGAUUAGUUGAUCUUUGUAAACAGUGGAUAAAUUAUUUAAAUCUCCUGUGGACUCAAUUCCCCAGCUUUUGUGAUGCUCAGCCAACUGAUUUAUCUCAACUCUACGAGGUAGUCAGUAAAGCAUGGUCAUGGAUACAUUUAUUUGGCUCUCGUCCACUUGGUGAUUCAUUUGAUUGGCCUGAACGUUGUGCAUUUCAUAAUAAACGUGUUAUGUUAACUGUAGAUGAUCAAUUUGAGUCACGUCUUCCACAAUUAUCAAUGAUUCUACAGUAUUUGCAUAAAUCAACGCCAUCUACCAUUGAUGAUGAAAGUCAGUCAGAAGUCAGUGUCCUAUCUUUUAAUUGGAUACAAUUCGGACAGUUUUUAAAUGAAUUUCUUCUUCGAUUUAACAGUGAACUUACUCUGGAAAAGGAUGUCAGUGAUGAAAGUAACGCUGAAGAUGAUAUGAUGAAUGAGGAAAACACUGAUGUUGGAAGUAAUGAUUUCACCACUUCAGGGACUAACAACUUCAGUGAUGAUGCAACUGGGAAUGAUUUCCUAAAUUUCUAUUGUCUAUGGCCUUGGACUAUGAUUCUAGUGUCAAAAUUCAUUGAAUCAUACCUGUUUAUUAAUGUACAGUGUCAUGAAGAUUUUUAUCGAUCAAUGAAGAAAUCUUUGCGUAUCUAUUUCCGUUGUGUAUUAAUGACGUUAAAUCGUCCAAAUUUAUUAGCCUAUUUAGUUAUGGCACAGUCUAUGCUUAAGGGAUCAAGUUAUAAACAAAUUCAUGUGGUGAAACAGUUGACCCAAGAAUUCACUAUGACUUCAUCAGAAAGCAGUUCUUCAAGUUUGUUGCUAUCUUCAUUGUUUCAGCGUUUGGAUUGGAGUCUUCCAAAUCAAAUCCUUAACUUUCGUUCUGUAAAUCAGCCUGACGUUUUGGGUGAAUGGCGUUCUAUAAGUCAUGCACUAAUCCAUCUCACUUGGCCUAUGUUGUCUGAUUACGGCGCUUAUGCAUAUUGUGGGAGAUUGACAGUCUACGGUUGGAGGAACCGUCAACGUGCUGUACAGAAAGCGAAUCAUUUAUUGUUCUUGUCACCUUCAAAGUGUGAAGAGCUUAAUGAUAUACCAAAGGAAGAGUUUUCACAGUCUCGUGAUAUGAAUUCACUUGUUCAGCAUGCUUUCAAUAUCCUUCAUGGAAUAUACAAAUCAAUCAGUUCAGUCUACAAGUCUACCAAUAACGAGCAUAAUGAUGCUAUGUAUUCUGUAGCUGUUUGUGAUAAUCUUGUGGAUCUGGUUACUUGGAUCCACUCCUGCUUAAAACCAUUAAUCAGCAUUAUCAAGUCAGAUCUUACCAAUCGUACAUCCUCCAAUUGGUAUCGUAUUGCAUGUCUAGUGGAAUUACUAACUAAUCAACUGAAUGAGAUGUUGGUACCGUCAUCUGUUCAGCCAAACAUUGAGAAAGCUAUAGUGCAUACUAAUUUCUCACUAUCCAUUUGCUGGCUUCUCAUUGGCUGUUUGUAUUUAAGAUGUGUUUGUCCACACAGUCCAUUAGAUCCAUAUUUAGUGAUACAGGUGGAAGAAGAAGCGGUUCACUAUGAGAUGAAUUCUAUCAACAGCGAGUUGGAAUUUCGUGAAAGUAUUCAGCGUCAUGCAGUCGGAUUGUAUAAUUGUUUACAGUCUUUGAAAAAUUUACCUCCUCUUAGUGUAACUGAGCAUGUCAACUCGGGUCUACUACAUCCAUGGUUAGGUGUUCUGGUCAAUCGACAACAAUAUCUCCGGGAGAAAGCAGCUAAUCUAAAACACCAAUUGGGAUCCAGUUGUAAAGACAUCUUAACCAUCCGCCAGAACUCAAAUUUUGAGUAUGUCGAAAUUCGCCGCCGUAUAACCACAUUUCUAAGUGAUUUCACUGAAGACUUUCUUCUGCCUCAUUUACCUGAAAUGAACAAUAAUUACGUGGAAAUGAUCGAAAAGAACUUGAAAUUACAUACAGUUAAUCGAUGGAUUGAAGCCACAUCGAAUCUUGCUGAUUGGUUAACUGAUGCACAUCGUUUUAAUACAUUUGCUGAUAUUAUCACGCCUUUCUUGUAUGGUCUGUUUUAUGUGUAUCGUGGUCUUCGUAUUGUCUUUCAUGAGAUUACUGCUCGGAGUAAUCCACUUAAUGUGUCUAUUUCAUCAAUGAUGCAAAUGUUGAUAACUAGUCUUCUACCUAGUACGAAAAAUAAUACUAAUAUUCUCUUUCCAUUAAAUCAACGGUCAUCACAAUCAAUGUCACUGGCUUUAGAAUUAGCUAGUCCGAAAUCAAGACGCAUAAUUCAACAGUUAGUAGAUUCUGCGAAUAAUUUCACUUCAUCCAACAUGAACAAUAUUCAGACUUUGCAUAAAACUCAGGAAAUACAAUUUCGGAUCAGUUCAUUUUUAUUAGAUUUAUUAUGGUUACAUAAUGCUGAGACAAAUCUUUCAAAUGUGUCUGAUAAUUUGAAUAAGUUAACCGGUCGUCUAUUGAAUUCAAUGCUACGCCCAUUAGCUCAACAAUGGAAACAAAUAGAAGCUGAACGUAAACGUAUAUCUGAAGCUCGUGCUGCUCUCUUCUUAGAAGCUGAUCGACGCAAACAACUUAUUCGUAACGAGUUACAGGGUAUUAACAGUUCUAAAAGUAAAACAUAUCAACAAAAUCAAAGAUGUCAUUCACCAGAAUUGGUUGAUCAAUCGCUGAAUGAUGAACUUGACUGGCGUUUGCGUUUCUCUGAAACUGGCUCUUUGAAAGCUUUCACUGAAUUACGAGGUGGUUUAAGCAAUAGUGCAGGUUUAACGAAAGAAGAAGAAAUUCAACAGACGGUGAAUAAAUUAGCUGCAGUUGACAAUUGGUUGAAGAAGUCAUUGAACAGUUCUGAGAAGUAUUGGAUACCAGAUGAGAAUGAGUUGACCUAUUUCAUUAAUCGUCUAGUUGAUUUGUUACUGCUCUUCUUUUCGAUCGGAAGACACAGAAAGGUACUUUGGAAAACCAAAUAA